CAUAGAGCCCAAGGUUCAGAUUCAUCCAUCUCAGCAAGCCCAGAAGCAUCUGCAAUAUCUACUAUGGCCUUGCCCUUUCCUUCACUGAUGGCCCUGGUGGUUCUCAGCUGCAAGAUAAGCUGCUCUCUGACCUGUGAUCUUCCUCAGACCCAUAGCCUGGAUAACAGGAGGACCAUGAUGCUCCUGGCACAAAUGAUGAGAAUCUUUCCUUUUUCCUGUUGGAAGGACAGACAUGACUUUGGAUUUCCCCAGGAGGAGUUUGCUGGCAACCAGAUUCAGAAAGCACCAGCCAUCUUUGUCCUCCAUGAGAUGAUCCAGCAGACCUUCAACCUCUUUACCACAGAAGACUCAUCUGCUGCUUGGGAUAAGGACCUCCUAGAUGAAUUCUGCACUGAGCUCUACCAGCAGCUAAAUGACUUGGAAGCCUGUGUGAUGGAGGAGGAGAGGGUGGGAGAAACUCCCCUGAUGAACAUGGACUCCAUCUUGGCUGUGAAGAAAUACUUCCGAAGAAUCACUCUCUAUCUAACAGAGAAGAAAUACAGCUCAUGUGCCUGGGAGGUUGUCAGAGUAGAAAUCAUGAGAUCCUUCUCUUUAUUAAAAAACUUACAAGAAAGAUUAAGGAGAAAGGAUUAACACCUGGUCCAUCAUGAAAACAACUCUAAUUGACUCAUAUACCAGCUCACACUUUCAUGAAUUCUGCCAUUUCAAAGACUCUCACUUCUACUAUAACUAUGACCAUGCUGAUAAACUGAUUUAUCUAUUUAAAUAUCUAUUUAACUAUUUAUAAGAUUUAAAUUAUUUUUGUUCAUAUAAUGUCAUGUGCACCUUUACACUGUGUUUAGUGUAAUGAAACUUGUUCCUUAUAU